UGUAUGAAAGGCAUCUGCUAUUUACUUAUUUUUUCUUUGGUAGCCACUUAAUGCUUUGGUCUGUAUGAAGCAGAUUCAAAGGUUGUGAAACUCACAAAAGACAAUUUCAAAACAUUAGUACUUGAAUCAAAUGAACCAUGGAUGGUUGAAUUCUAUGCACCAUGGUGUGGACAUUGUAAAGCCCUUGCUCCAGAGUAUAAUAAGGCAGCAAAAGCUUUGGAUGGAAUAGUUCAUAUUGGAGCUUUGGAUAUGACAACUGAUGGUGAAGCUGGAUAACCAUAUGGUGUUAAUGGAUAUCCUACUAUAAAAUAUUUUGGAGUAAAUAAGGCAGAUCCAAUAGCUUAUGAAGGUGAAAGAAAAAAGAAUGCUAUAGUUGAUUACCUAUUAGAUAAAGCAAGAGAAUUUGCAUUAAAUAGAUUGGGUGUAGAGAUCAAACCAGAACCUUCAAAUGAUGAUUCAAAAGUUGUUGUUUUGACAGAUGCCAAUUUCAAUGAAUAAGUGAUUAAUAGUUAGGAAGCUUGGUUUGUAGAGUUCUAUGCUCCUUGGUGUGGUCAUUGUAAAUAAUUAUAACCUGAAUGGAAUAAAUUAUCUCAUUAAGCUGAUAUUCCAAUUGCUAAAGUAGAUGCAACAGCUUAAACUGAAUUGGCAAAGAGAUUUAAUAUAGAAUCAUAUCCAACCAUUUAUUUCUUCCCUGCUGGAAACAAAUAAAAUACUCAUAAAAAGUAUGAAGGAGAAAGAAAUGCAGCUGCUCUAUUAAAAUAUAUUAUAGAAUAGAAACCAGUAGAUGGAUAAUCUUAAAUGUCUGGUUCUGAUGUUGUUAACAUUAAAUCUGAUGAAAGUUUAAAUGAAGUUUGCAAAUGUAUCAAUAUUCUCUAUAAUAAAAGAACUCUGUGUUUUAGGAUUCUUACCAACUGAUAAAGUCGAAUAAGAAGGUGCAGUCUAAGUAUUAAAGAAGGUAUUAUCAUCUCUCAAUUAUUUUAGACUGCCUUAUCUCUUACAGGAAGAGCUAAUGUUGGUUGGUUUGUAGGAGAACAAUUUGACGAUUUUGAGGCUGAACUCAAUGUAAUUGGUGAAGGGUAUAAUAUUUUAUUAAAUUUUUAGAUAUCCUUAAGUUGUUGUCUUAGAUUUGAAUGCUAAAAAACACUAUAGAUUUAGAAGACAAUUGAAUGUUGAUAAUUUGAAUGAAUUUGUUAGGGGAGUCAUCAAGAAAACUGAAACUGGAUAAUCAUUCUCUAAUUUACCUAAAUUGAAUGCUCAAAAAACAGAUUUGUGAUGU